AUGUCUCUGGCAGAGGCCAUCAGACUCUGGAAUGAAGGGGUGCUGGCAGCCGACAAGAAGGACUGGAAGGGCGCUCUGGAGGCCUUCAGCGAGGUGCAGGACCCCCACUCGAGGAUCUGCUUCAACAUAGGCUGUAUGCAUACAAUCCUGGAAAACAUGCCAGCUGCCGAGCAGGCCUUCACCAAAAGCAUCAACAGAGACAAGCACUUGGCGGUGGCCUACUUCCAGAGAGGAAUGCUCUACUACAGCAUGGAGAAAUACGACUUAGCUAUCAAAGACCUUAAAGAGGCCUUGACUCAGCUUCGAGGGAACCAGUUGAUAGACUACAAGAUCCUGGGGCUGCAGUUCAAGCUGUUUGCCUGUGAGGUGUUAUAUAAUAUCGCUUUUAUGCAUGCCAAGAAAGAGGAAUGGAAAAAGGCAGAAGAGCAGUUAGCAUUGGCAACAAACAUGAAGUCUGAACCCAGGCAUUCCAAAAUUGACAAGGCCAUGGAAAGCAUCUGGAAGCAGAAACUGUUUGAGCCCGUUGUGAUCCCUGUGGGUAGGCUGUUCCGGCCAAAUGAGAGGCAGGUGGCCCAGCUGGCCAAGAAGGACUAUCUGGGCAAGGCUACGGUUGUAGCAUCCGUGGUUCAUCAAGACAACUUUUCUGGCUUUGCCCCUCUGCAGCCGCAGGCAGCAGAGCCUCCACCCAGACCCAAAACCCCAGAGAUCUUCAGGGCUUUGGAAGGUGAGGCACAUCGAGUGCUGUUUGGCUUUGUGCCUGAGACACCAGAAGAGCUACAGGUCAUGCCAGGGAACAUCGUUUUUGUCUUGAAGAAGGGCAGUGAUAACUGGGCCACAGUCAUGUUCAAUGGACAGAAGGGGCUUGUCCCUUGCAACUACCUGGAGCCAGUUGAGCUUCGGAUCCAUCCUCAGUCGCAGCCCCAGGAGGACACCUCCCUGGAAUCUGAUAUUCCACCUCCUCCUAGUACCAGUGCCCCAGCAAGAUCCCAGUUGUCACCAGGUCACAAGCAAAAAGAAGAGCCCAAGAAAGUGAAGCCCAGUAUGCCCAUGCCCUACAUGCUCAAGGUGCAUUACAAAUAUACGGUGGUCAUGGAGACUCAGCUUGGCCUCCCCUACAGCCAGCUUCGGGUCAUGGUGUCUAAGAAACUGGGGCUCUUGCCAGGACACACUAAACUGAGCUACCGGCCUCGGGACAGCACCGAGCUUCUGCUCCUGUCCGAGGAAACCAUGAAGGAUGCCUGGAGCCAAGUGAAAAACUACUGCCUGACUCUCUGGUGUGAGCACACAGUGGGUGAUCAAGGUUUGAUAGACGAACCCAAGGAAAGUGAAAACUUUUCAAUUGAUGUCAAUACCCGGACAGCAGAGCCUCAGCUUAAGGAAGGAAGCCAAGUAACAGCAAUCUUCAGUUAUGAGGCCACUCAGCCGGAAGACCUGGAGUUUGUGGAAGGAGAUGUAAUCCUGGUGCUCUCACAUGUGAAUGAAGAAUGGCUGGAAGGAGAGUGUAAAGGGAAAGUUGGCAUUUUCCCUAAAGCCUUUGUUGAAGAAUGUGCAACCAAGGACUUGGAAGGCACUCCCAGAGAAGUCUAGGAUGCUCUAUAACCCACAAAGCUGAAGAGCGCUAGUGUUUUCAAGAUUUACCCAUCUCUGCUAUGCACCAAAGACAUGUUUGGAAAUCUUCUCUAACGUAACAUUUCCCUAUUAAAACUGAACCCAUCCCACAGUUGUGAGAAUUUGGGAUGAUUUCCUUGUACAUGAGAAGAGGGAGAUAAAUUUUCUAGAAAGGGAAUGAAGGGCUCUUCUUGGGUGCUGGUUACCCAGAUAUGAACUUCAUGAGAACUUCCGGAGUUCUCAUGCCAAAGGGUGCAUCCUUCUGUUAUGAAAAUAGAACAGGACAGUGUCCAGACCCAAUAGA